AUGCUCUUUCCAAAAGUUCAGAUGUGGAUAGUUGAACUGGGUUAUAGUUUUCUGGUAUACGGAGAAAAGUUUGAAAGAGCAAAAAUCAACGGGGAGAGACUUCUUAACAUUACACAAGAAAAACUUAAUGAACUUGGCAUAAUCCGGCCUGACCACAAGGAUAUAAUAUUAAAAGCAGUUGCUUCUAUUUGUAAAGAGAACAAAGUUGCAGAACAAGUUAUGCAAGGAAAAGAUCAGAAAGACAAAAAGAUGCCUACCAGAUUCAGAAAACAAUGCGAAGAUCUUGAGCACGCUAUUGAUCGUGUUAUAGUCAUGCUAUCGGAAAGAAGAAGGGCGCGUAGUCUACAUGGCAUUAAUGAACAACCACCUGGUAACAUUCUUACAGCUACUCUUGAACUGAUUAAUAUGGUCAAGAUGAUACUAAACAUUCUGGAAAGGCCUCCCUUUGAUUGUAUGUCAGAAUUUUCAAGUAUGAAAAACCAUCUCAUUAAACAUAUCACAUUGUUGAAACAUUUCUCUGAGCAGUCUGAUCUCAGCCAUGAAAUGGAAUCUGAUAUAAUAGAUGUGUGCAAGAGUAUGACCAAAAUCUGUCACUACAUAAUUGCUUUGCCACCUGAUGUUACAGGAUCAGAAACAGAAGUUCAAGAAUUUGUUACCACUGAAGAGAAGCUACCUAGGGUGCAAGUGCCAGUUACAAUUGAAACCGAAGUAAUGAGUUUUCCAGCAGAACAUGGACCUGAGCUAAUGCCUACAACUCAAUAUUCAUCAAUGGCAAUAACUACAACUAGCUCAUCAAGUGAACUUACAUUUACCUUUCAAGAUAUAUCCCUUCAAAGUGAAAGAGUACCUUACAGAUGUGAAUAUUUCUCUUUAGAAAGACUCAACACUUCAAGUAAUAAAAGAACAGUUAUAUUACAACAUGAUGAGGGAAGCAAAUCUGAAACCGAAGUUUCUGAUACAAAAGGUUCUGAAAUCUCAGCAAUUUCUUUGGAAUUUAGAAGUCUCCAAGACCUAACAAUAAUUGAAAGUGACACUCCUCCUUUGGACUCUGGCUCUGAAAGAUGCUUGAUUGAUUCUGACUCUGACAGAGGUAUUGGUUCAGACUCUGGCUUAGAACAACACUCAAAAGACUUGGACAUGAUAAUAUGGGGAGCAGACUCAGACACGGAAAAAUGUCUAAGAGACUCAGACUCUGCAAAGCACCUGCUAGAAGGAGAAAAACACCAAAUGGCUUCAGGCUCUGUUGAACAACUGAUAGAGUUAAAACAAUACGUGGUAAGAGUUGAACAGUAUCAGGGGGAUUCUGACUCUCUGAAAUAUUAUGUGGGCUCAGGUUCAGAAAAAUGCUUAGAGGACUCUGACUCUGACAGAUACCUGAUGGACUCUGACAAUGAAAGACUGGAGAUGGAGUCAGACUCAGACAAAUUCGCCAUGGCCUCUGCAUCUGUGAAACACCUGACAAAAGCAGAAAAACGCCAAAUGGCCUCAGAGUCUAUAAAACGCCUGAUAGAAUCUGAAAACAGAUUUAUGGAGACCAAUAAUGUCUGGAUUAUCUCUUCUUCUGAGAGAUAUGUGGUAGACUCAGACACAGAAAGGGGUGGAAUAGCUUCAGCUUCUGCGUCUUCAAUACAUCUUCUGGCAGAAGAAAAACAUCAGGAAGAAACUAGAUCUAAGAGAUAUAUGAUGGCCUCUGAUUCUGUGCUGUGUAGGAUGGAUUCAGGUACAGAAAGAUAUGGUCUAACCUCAACAACUAUGAAAUGCCUCUUGGAUGCUGAAUCACUCCAAUUGAGCACUGAUACUGAGGGACUCUGGAUAGAUUCUUCGUCUGAAAGAAAUACAGCAGACAUAGAAUCUCAAAGCCAAAAGAUAGCCUCUGAUUUUGUGAAAGAGGUGAUAAAAGAUGAAAACUUGCAGAAGAUCUCUGACUUGGAAGAAUUCUCUAAGGACCUCAGAUAUGAAUCUGAAAGUUGCUGUAUGGACUCUGAAAGACAACACUUGGUUUCUGACCAGAGUAGCUCUAACAGACAUCAACUUAGGUCUGUAAGACAGAAGGAUAGCUCUGGAAGAUUUCAGCAUGACAUUCAAAAACAUCCGGAUAAAGCUGAGAGCCAUGAAAUCGACUCUAAUUCCAAAAAACUUCGAAAAGACUCUGAAAACAAAGAAUAUCAAGAUGAAUCUGAAAGUGGAAGAUACCUUUUGGAGAUGCAGAAGGAACCGUGUCUGCAACAAUUUGAAAGUGAGAGACUUCAAAUGAAAAAAAGGAGAGAAAGACAUUCCACAGACUCUGACAGCGAAAAAGAGUACAGUUUUGCAAUUUGCAGUGAAAGGCAGCACCUUGACUCAGAAAAUGAAGCACAACGGCUUGGUGCUCGCAGAAAGGAUAAUCGUCCUCAAGGUUUUUGGAGACCUAUUUUCCUUCCUUCCUCACUUGGCCGUGGAAAGAAAACUGAAGAACACUCUGUGCAGCAAACAGAUAAUAGAGUUUCCAGAAGUCAACCUGUGAGAUACCUGAGUGAUGACAAGUUUGUGAGGUUCAAAGAGAUGUCUCCAACUGUCAGUGACAACCAAAAAUCCCAGCAAAUGUUAAAGGAAAUGCACAGUCACAACCUUUCUUCAGAGCCAUUCACACUGAAGGAUAACAAGCAUCACAGAAAUGCCAGCCGCAAGAUUUCUGUCUAUAGAAGCCAUAACAAGGAUUACAGAUACACACAAAGUUUUCAGAGUUCUGCAUCUUCAGUGAAUACUAUUCAUCUCCUAAGUACUGAGGCUUAUACAUCGGAUAUUUCAGUACCUGACAAUCAACCAAUUUCUAUAAGCCCUAGGUCUGUUUUACGCUCUACAACUCAAAGAAAUAACACACACAUAUGUUCCAAAUGUUUCAUGGAAAUCAGUGACUAUCCUUAUCAUAAAUGUGCUACAAAUUCUGAUGAUGAUUCAUUCUCUGACUGUCCUUUGCAUCUCCAAGUUCCCUUGGAAUCUAAAUAUUCUCUGAAUCUGAAUCCCAAAUCAGAUAGAUACCACAAAACUUCUUGCAGCAGCCCAUUAUCUCCAUCCCUAGAACCUAGGCACCAUGUAGACAUCUACUGUCCUCUACACAGGGAAGAUUCUAUAUAUUCUGUGGAUUCAGUUUCUUAUUUACAUUAUGAAAGUCACUCAGCUGUACAAAAUAUCAUGGACUCUACUCAGAUCUCUCCCAUGAAUCCCCCAGAUACCAUGGACUGCCAUAAUCUUCCUGGUCCAGACAGAAUCAUUAAUGCCAGCAGUGCCACUGGACUUGAAAGUGAGGGCAAGUUCAACCUUACUGGAGAACCCCAAAAUGAGGCCAUUCCUGAUGAUGAAACUAAAUUGGUCAGUACUGGAAAUCUCAAAGAUAAGGCCAGCACAGAAAAGAAACCUCUUCCCAAAAGUCAGAUAGAUCAUGAUGAUGAAACAGGUACUGAGAACGAGACAGAUGAUGAUGAAGAUGAUGAUGAUGAAACAGACCCUGAAAAUGAAGACAACACUGAAGAUAAGAAAGAUCCUAAAGAUAAGUCUGACCCUGAUGAUUCUGAUCCCAAAGAUAGUAAUGGUGAAAAUGAUGCUGAUACUAACAGUAAAUCUGAUCCUAGUGGUGAUGCUGGCCGUACAAAUGAAUCUAAUUCCAGCAAUGAUGGUGACCCUAAUAAUGGAACUGAUCCCAAUAGUGAACCUGAUCCUAACAUUGAUAAUGCUACUAAUAAUGAUGCGGACUCCAAAUAUAGCACUGAUGCUGAAGAAGACACAUACACAAGCAGUUCAGAUUAUUCCUUUGGCCUAGAUAAUAUUGAUUGUGAUAAUACUUCCAGCUCUAAUGAUGGCACUAAUCCAAACUACAACUCUGGACCACAAAGUGGGACUGGCAAAGACUGCACUUCUGAUUCCAACAGUGAUGCUGGCCCUAGCAAUGACAGUUGGCCAGGCAAUGAAAUUUUCUGCAACAUUGGCCCUUUGCCUCAGAAUGUCAGAUUGACUCACAACAGCCUUGACUUCAACAAUACUGGCUUUGACCCCAACAAUAGCCUUAGCCCUCCCAAAGACCUUGAUUCUAACUAUAAUGAGAGGUUUAGUAAUGCUACUAGUCAUAAUAGUGCCAUUUAUCUUAACAUUGAUGCUGACCCCAAUUAUAGUACAAGACCCACCAGUGCUGCUGGCCACAACUGUGCAGCUACCCCAGAUUAUAACUCAUAUGAAGACUAUGUCCCAGGAUUUACCCAUGCAGUAGGUUCUAGCUUUGUAGUCAACCCAAACUAUAUUUCUAGAACUAGUUAUGUAGCCAGAUUGAGCUCUACAGCUAGCACCUCCAAUGCCACUGACACCAGCAACACUACUAAUUACAGUAGUGCUAUUAGCCCUGGCUAUACAGCUGGCACCAAUAUUGCCUCAUAUAUUAACCAUAUCCCCAAAUUUUCUCAUUUCAUUGGCUCCAACUUUGUCAUCAACCCUAAUUAUAUUGCUAUAAAUACUCAUAAUGCUCAUAGUUCUACUAAUACCAGCAAUUUUAAUAAUCUCCUUGAACCCAAAUUAGAAAUCAACUCUAGUUCCUCUAUUUCCAAUACUGUGGAUGGAAACUCCCAUACUUUUUCCACUAAUGCUAACUAUUCUUCCAUUCCUAAAAAUUUGACUUCCUCUAAACUUUAUGGUACAUCAAAUUACACAAUUUUUUCUGACCACAAAUUUUGUAGUCACUUGAAAGACUCAGCUGAUUCCAUGGAUUCUGCUAGCUUUAAGCACACCACUAGAUCCAAGGAUGCCCUUGAUGCCAGGGAAUCUGGUUUUUGUACAGAGAUCUCUAAGGUCCAGAAUCCCAUUGGUAUCAAGGAUCUUGCCAAUUUAAAGAUUCACCCCAAUCCAAACAUUCCACUCCCUAAUUUUGACAUUAUAGUGGAAGCUGAACCACCAGAUGUUGUGAAGUUUGCCAUAUCAUCAGGUGCUGUGAAACAGUUUUUUAAGUGGAAGAUUUGUUCUCUAGGGGUUUUUCAUCUAAGAUCUGACAAAACCACCUGCUUUCCAAAGAGUCAGGCUACAUGCUCAAGCUCAACCUCCAGACAGUUGCUUAAUGACUACCGUGGUGGUGUGAGAGCUGAGGGGGAACCUCUGAGAAGACCCAUGGAAGGAGCAACUAGAAGACCUCCUGAGGCACCCGUCUGGAAAUCAGCAGACCCGCCUGCUUGGGGUCCUGUGAGGCCAAUAAGGGGCCGUGCUGUGAGUCCUGAAAGAAGACAUGCUGACAGACCCACCAGAGGCCGAACCUUGAGCCCCACAAGGGGAUUUUCUCCAAAUCCUACCGGAUUACACUCUGAGAGACACGCGAGGGGACGUGGCAUGGGUCCCACCAGAGCGAUUGCUGUGAGCCCUCCAAGAGGCUAUAUUGUGAGCCGUGCGGCGAGUCCUGCAAGAGGACAGGCUGAGAAACAUUCAAGGGGACGUAAAAGAGCACGCACCACGACAAAGAGUCGCCCAAGAGGCCAUACCCAUACCGUGAGUCCUGCAAGCAGAUCUGCUCCAAAUCCUGCAAGAGGCCAUGCUAGGGGCCGUACAGCGAGUCCCAUCAGGGCGCGUGCUGUGAGUUCCGAGAGAGGACAUGCCGAAAGACAUGCAAGGCGCCAGACUGUCAGUCCUUUAAGGAGACCCGCAGGAUAUGCUGUGGGACUAGCAAGGAGACCUCCCAUGCAAGAAGUCGUUCUGGGAGCCGCAGUGGGACUCACUGUGAAAUCAGCAGAAGGAUAUGAUGAGGAAGCGUCUAGAUCUGCAAAGCAAUCGAAGAAGUCUACUGUGGAUAAAGAUAAAAAUGAAAAUGAAUCCUCAAUUUUAAAGGCUUUUUUAAGUUUUUUCAUGAAGUCAAAAGCCCAAAACUGGCUCGAUUUGUCUGUGUUUAGAAAGGUCUUGAUCUCAUUUUUCUCUGAGGAAGACCAAUAUGUUUGGUCUAGAACUCGGUUUUGUGCAGUGGCCUGUACUGAAUUGGGCCAUGGGAUAUGCGAGGGAUGGCUUUGGAAAAAAAGAGAGUCUAGAGGAAUCUCCUUUUUUAAUUGGAAAAGAUACUGGUUUAUUUUGAAACAUUCAACUCUCUACUGGUUCUCACACCUGAAUGAUACCAAGGCUGAUGGCUUUAUAUACCUACCUGAAUUCCGAAUUGACCUGGCUCCUCAUUGCAGAAGAAACCAUGCUUUUCAAGCCACUCAUGCAAGAAUCAAGAAUUUCUAUUUUGCUGCUGAGUGCUCAGAUGAGAUGAAUUAUUGGGUUGGACAAAUGUUACAGUUAGCAUAUGGUUCCUCCUUUGGAGAUGCAGCUGCUAAUGCAGAAUACCGGCGUAUUGGUGCCAUGAUUUAUGCAAAAUGUGUUCUGGCCCUGAAAAGAGAGUUUCCUGUGAUUUGGUGUAACAACUGCUAUGAAGCAACUACUAUUGUUUCUGUGAAUCCAAACUUCCAAUACAGACGUGCUCAAAAUAUUUCUGAUGAGUUCAUCUAUUUUCGUCCUAUUGAUGCGGACAUUCGGGAAGAGGCCAGAAGACAAAAACAACAGAAAUCAACUUUGGCCUCCCGUCAACACAAUAGAGAAGGUAUCCAUCAGAGGGACCUGGGGAUUAUCAGUCAGGUGGUGAUGGUUACCACCACCCCACUAACAAAAGAGUUAGAAAGCAUUGCCCUUAUAAGACCAAAAACUUCAGGGCUUCUUCGCCUAGAGAAAAUGCCAAUUAAAUCUCCAGGGGUCCUAGAAUCUCAACGCUUAGACGUUACAGGAAUUGCCAGUCCAGAGGAAAGGGGGAAAGGCACCGCAAUACUUGUUGCUGGUGUGCCUGCAAAGGAGGAGCUAGAUGAUACAGAAAUUCCAACUUUGAAAUUCACUGGGUUUAUACACCUGGAGGCUUUAAUAAAUAAAUGUUCACCAUCCUCAGAAUACAGUCGCCCAGGAACCCCAAGAAAUCUGUGGCUGGAAUCUCCAGAAAAUGCAGAGUCCCCAGGAAGUGAUGACCUAGAAGUAGCAAGAAACAUGUAUCCUUUUAGAGAAAGAUCCAUCUUCCGGCGUUCCUGGGCAGAGCUUUUAGAGGCACCACUGAACAGUGAAGGGCUCCACAUUCUCCAAACUAUUCCCACAGAAAAGGACAGAGAAAUUGGCUAUCAUCACCUACAACCAGAGGGGGAGAAUCAAGCAAUCACCCCUCCCAAGGGACAUCAUCCCCAUGGUUUGGAAGGUCCUUUCCCAUUGUUACCCCAGCAAUCUAAGCCACAGCGGCAGCGAAGUCACAGUUUACCACGAUACAGUGAUGUCAAGAGCCGAAACCUAAAUGCACCUGAGUUAACAUUAAAUCCAGAGGAGACACGCUUCUGUUUUCCAACUGAUCAUAAUCUGCUCAUAGGAGAAAAUGCAAAGGAAAGAGACAGCAUUAAAGAAGCUUGGCAAAAGGCCAUUUUGUCAGGUUCUGGCAAGCAUCCUCCUAUCAAUCCAAGCUUUGAGAAUUCUUCUGCAAUGUGGGGCAAAACUGGAAUUAGUGGAAAUAAUGCUGGACUUCACAGUGGCAACGUUAGAGUUUCCAGGAAUAAUAUCAGUGUCCCCAGGGUUAAUGUUGGAGUCCCCAUGAGUAAUCCUGAAGUCCUUAGAGGCAAUGGUAGAGUUCCUAGGGGGAGUGGUACUGGAGUUCCCAUGGGUAAUAUGGAAACUUUCCGAAACAAUGUUGGAACAUCCAGACGUAUGGCUUUCUCUCCACUCACUGAACUCUUAAAGAUAGGUGAACACCAAUUAUAAAAAAAUGACACCUUAUAAAGUAGACCUUAUAGUUAUGGAACAUACUAUGACACUUAACAUCAAAAUAGAAAUGCAUUGAAUUU